CAUGAACAUAUAUCGAGAACAUUGAGAGCAAAAAGUGAGAUUCACAAGGAGAGAGAUAGGAGACAGAAGAGAUGGGGAAGAUAGAGGAGUACAAGCCUGUAAUGGCGCUGACUAUGAUUCAAGUGAGUUAUGCAGGAGUGACUCUUUCUGCAAGAGCUACUUUGGUUAAUGGAUUAAGCCCUCGGGUUUUUAUCCUUUAUAGGCAAGCCUUUGCAACCAUUUUCAUCUUCCCAUUUCUCUAUUUCUCCAGGAGAAAAUCAGAGAUAACUAUUUCAUCUUUGGAUCUAAGGAGUUUUUCUUUAAUAUUUUUGGUCUCGCUUAUAGGCCUUACCGUCAAUCAAAAUCUGUACCUUGAAGGUCUUUACUUAACUUCAUCGUCCAUGGGAAGUGCCGUUAGUAACAUCAUUCCUGCAAUCACUUUCCUAAUUUCAUUUCUCGCCGGAUACGAGAAAGUGAAUCUCCGGGAUAUAAGAAGCUUAGCCAAGAUUGCAGGGACGAUCCUCUGUGUAGCAGGAGCGGUCUCCAUGACUCUGCUUCGUGGACCAAAGAUUCUCAACUCAGAAUCAGCUAUACCGCUAGCUCAAUCGUUAUUGGGAAAUAUUCUUAAAGACCAGAACAUGUGGUUGGUUGGUUGUUUGUUCUUGUUCUCUAGCACUCUUUGCUGGGCCUUUUGGCUUAUACUUCAGGUACCAAUCUCUUCCUACUAUCCAGAUAACCUCUCUUUAUCAGCAUGGAUGUGUUUAUUCGGAACAAUACAAUGUAUUCGCUGCACUGUUUAAUCCUCUCUGUACAGUCAUUGUCACAAUCUUGGCUGCUCUGUUCUUCCAAGAAGAGAUUUACACUGGAAGUUUAAUCGGAGGAUUAGGGGUGAUAAUGGGACUUUACAUUGUGCUAUGGGGUAAAGCAAAAGAUGUCAUGGUGAAUCAAGAACAGAUAAGAGACAAUGAUCAGAACUCAGAAGUGAAUAUUCAUAUCGAAGAUUCUUCACACACAACAAUUCGUAACAGAGAUCUGAAGAAUCCUCUUCUCUCCAAACACAAAUCAACAGACGAAAUUCAAACACAUGAAUAAGUCAACUAAUUUUAUCUGUUUCGUAAUAUGAUUUAUGAUUUCACCAGAUUUAACAAAGGUUGAGAAUAAUAUUAAUUGAACGGCCAGUUAGGGUA